AUGUCGGAUGUGGCGACGACCGAAGCGAUAGUGCCAGAUAAGAAGCGGCGGCGAAGACGAGGGCGCUACGGUAAGAGGGGGUGCUUAGGGAUUUUGAGGGUUUUGUGCCCACAAAAAGGACACGUCUUUGACAACCAAGCUUUUUACUGUCCAAAGGAAAAAAGACCUCAAACUUUGAGCAACGGCCUUUUCUCCUGGGGUUUUGAGGCAUUUUGAGCUUUUUUUGGCCAUAAAGAUUUUUUGGAGCUAGGGUUUACUAAAAUAAGCUGAAAGACGAAUGCACUUGUCUUUGAGAACCAUCUUCUUUACAUUCCCUUAGGCAAAAAUACGCUAAACUUGAGUAUCAAUGUCUUUUCCUCCUCUAAACUGCGAAAACAUGAAAAAAUCCAAAUCUUUCCGCUAAAAAAUCAAUUUCAGACAGAAUUAUCGAAACAUCGUUCCUCCGCCUCUACAGCAAUGGCAUCACAUCGGUGUCAGCAACACUCCAAAAGGCGUACGAAAACUUUUUCAACUAUGAAUUUACCAUAGUCAAACACUGCAACCCAAAUGUCAAUUUUAAUGUCGUCAAGGUGAGCACAAUGCAUAAAAUGUUUUCGCCCAUUGUGCUCUGAUGUUUGAUACGUAGUUUUCGGCGUAUCAUCUGUGAACUUUUAUUUUUUUCAGUACAUUGCGCCGGAAAAGAAAAACUACACGGAAGCGUUGCGGAUCUCGGUUCCGACGCUAUACGAGGCGCUAACCAGCUGCGUGACGGGUCUGUCGUGUCCGGAUACGGCGAAAUAUGUAAGUCACCGUGCGAUGAUUAGCACAUAACGUUGACAAGUUGCAAUAUCGAGAGGAUUUACGUUGCACGUCGAACUGAGUAAUCUAAACGGUCCGGUGAACGGACUGGCGAUUCGCCAAAAAAUUUUUAAAAAACGCGAAAAAACUUUUCGUCGGGGAAGAAAUGGGGAAUUUUGGGGGCGAGAGAGUACGUUUUUGCGCGUCUUUUCUUUGACUUCUCUGUGAAAUCAAGACGAAGUGUAAAAAACCCAUAGCGAAGAGUCUACUCCGCUCACCGGACUCCUCAGUUUGACGUGCGUUGAUCAUGUUUUGUUUUAGGUAAAUUUAAUCCUAAAAAGCCAGUACGAAGUUCACACUAUUCACACGUUUUCAAUGACAAGCUCACUAUGCUCGGAUGGUGGCAAUACUUACGUUAUAAUGCCGGGAUAUGCGGUUGACCUCAAUGACUAUGUGGAUAAAUGGUGGUUCGAAGGGAUGACGCUGGAGCCAGCAGUGAAGGAGAGGUACAUGGGGUAGGUAGUAUAUUUUUUGGAUAUAACUUUUCAAAUUUGCGGCUAAAAAAGCUAAAGCCGGAACAUAAAUAUGGUGCGCGUUCCGUUAGGUACUUAAGCCGAAUUAAACGACCGUCCGAUAAAAUUCAAAUCUCUGAUUAUUAUGGACCUUAGGAUUUCGGCGGCUUCGUCAAAGCGCCAGCUAAAAAUGUAGUAUAUGUUAGAGACAGUGCUAUUCCAAAUCUGCAUCCAGUUUCAUUAUGAUCUGCUUGCCGCACUCUUAACAUUUCUUCUGUCAGUUUGCCUAUAUUGUACCAUUUUUUUUCUCAAAGACCACCAAGUACCGAGGAUUGUGCAGGGCAACUCACAGUCCCGUACGACAAAACUUCACGAUAAAAGAAAAUUCAAGAGGUUACUAGAGUCGAUUUUGGGCCAGAAUGCCGUACUAGUCCAUUCGUAAAAUCGCUGGGCUGAUCGCGGCACCUUGCACUGUGCGAAAACAGAGCUUCUCUUUGUACUGUGAAAUUUGCUGCUUUUUGCACCGUGCUGGUUUUUUUCGCUUGUCGCUCGGACCCUGACGUUUCCAGGGCAAUGCAAACGCCAAGAUUCAUUCCAGCGACUUUCCGGACGGACCAGUAAUGGAAUUCCGUUCAACAAAGCCACCUCCCCCCUGUAACCAAUAUAUUUACUUUUUUUUUGUUUUAACCCAUAGUACGAAGUUAACCCAUUGUACAAAGUUGUCACUCGUGAAGCGCUUUUAUUCCAAAAUUUAAUUCUUCGAUCAAAUAGCACCACAAUUCGUACGUGAUAAACGUCGGGAGGGAUAGGCACAUUUGCCCAUUUUUGUGACGUAUACGUUAAUCAAAAUUUUUAUAGUUUUAGAUAGGGGCUUUACUUUUCCCGUGAAGUUUACCCACGCAGCUGAUAACAAUCUUCGAACUGAUUGCAAUGAAACGAAAAAGCGUCUGAUACAGAGGCUUUUUCGAUCACUCAGAGUCGUCACUUUCUUAAGAACUUUCAAUGUCAUCACAUUUUUUUGGGGACUAUCCCUUUCAUCAUAGCAAAACUCAUACAAUGUUUGAGAAUGCUCUUAAUCAAAAAAAACCAACGUCAGUGUAUAAACAUGACAAAAUUAAAAGUCGAAACGGGUGGCAAAGAAGGUUGCGAUACUAACCUAGGAUUAUGGUACAAACCAGGGAAUCAUCUAUCAUCUGUCACUUAAAAAAAUAAUUAUAAGAUUUGCAUUUUCAUAAAGUGCACGGACAUUCGUUUUCAUAAAAAAAUAUAUGCUAGUACAAGUAUAAUGCAUGUCUGCUACAAUGAACCUAAAGCUGCAAAAAUAUGCAACUUCGACGUUUGGGUUAUUUGCAGACUGGUCAACACCUUCACAAACGGUCUCUUACGAAUCACGAGGCGACUGACAAAGCUGAAGCUGGACAGGUCCGACACAUCCGUCCUGAUCUUGCUUUCUGUUUGCAAAUUUGGUAAGCUUGAAACGGACAAAACAAUGGGGUCUGAAUUACCUUUUCUGGGGGGAUGAAGUGGGAAACCCCUCAAAUUUCUAUUGCAAAUCACAAAUAUUUUACUAUUUAUGUGGCAUGUUUAUAACUUUCAGCGGAAGAAGACGAUGAGAAGUACGCCGAUCUUCAAAUGUACAAAGACCGUGUGAUACGAGAAUGGUCCCACAGCAUGCAAAAGAAAUACAAGGAGGACGCGUGCAGGCGGAUGAGGGAGAUCAUGUUGUUGUACAAUGAAAUCACGGUAAGAAGACCCAUAUCGAUCACUAUUAUACAUAAAUUUCAUUUCAGGCAUUCCGACUCGAGGCCGCCAACAUUGACUUGCAAUUCCAGGCACUGCGGGCGACUGGAGCUAAAGUAAGUUGGAUACGAUUGGGCGCUUCGCAGCUUGCGCCCUGGUUUCCCUGCAGACUGCGUAUAAAAACAGGAAACAGCCCAAGCGCUAAACUAGGCCUAAGGCUAAGCCUAAACUAAGCCUAACCUUCCUAAGCCUGAGGCUAAGCCUAAGCAUGAUAUUCCUUGCAACCGGAAUUGUUCGGGCGCAAGCUGCAAAACCUUCGUUUCACUGGGACCAGAAAAAGGAAGUUUUACCAUGUUAUAUUAUUAACUUUGAAUUUCUAGAUUCCCCAGCAUAUUCCAUGCAUUCAAACCACCGAUACGCAGGAAGAAGAGAUCAAAGGCAACGAGUGA